UCAAGACAAUUAUCUCAUUUUACAAAUUCAUCUUUUGCUAUGUCCAAUACAAACUUACAGGAAACUUUUAACAAUUUUGAUUAUAUUCUUAACAAUUAUAAUGAAGAUUUAGAGAAUAUAAUUUUUGCUGGAAGUUUCACAUCAGAGAGUGUUGCCGAAAGCAUUGAAAGCAAUAAUAACAAUGAUUUAUUAAAUUAUGAUAUAGAAAUGCCUUUUCUUUUAAUAAUGACAAUUUUGAAAGAGCAAGAGAAUUUGUAG